AUGACGUCGGAUAUGGGCUCGGCGGCUGUCGGCGCGCCGGUGCGCAAGCUGCCGUUGGCGGCCGCGCUGCCGUUGGCCGUCGCAUUCUCGCCAUCGACGCUCAGCAGCGCGGCCACCUCGCCUUCCGGGCCGCCCCCGCCGUCGCCGCCGCCGCCGCUGCUGGCAUUGAGCGGCCACGCCGAGCCGCCCAGCGCCGCCCCCCUCACUGCCUCCAUGGCAGCCUCGCCCCCACACGGUGCGGCGCCGCAGCCAUCCAGUCGCGUGGGCGCUCAGCGGUGGAACACCUGUGCACGAGGAACAGUGGUGUCAACAGGUUUUGGGAAAUUUAUCGCUGACGCCGACAGCGGCGGCGGCGGCUCUGCCUUUGAUGUCCGCAACGACGCGGUCUCCCCAGCGGCCGACCCCGCGCUGCACGCGUCCUAG